GAGAGAGAGAGAGAGAGAGAGAGAGAGAGAGAGAGAGAGAGCGCUCUUGACCCUUAUUUGCACCUGAUUCCAUGGACAUUGAAUUUGGAGAACAACACUUUCCUUUCUGCUCCCUCCUCCUCAAAGUCAAGAUUUGAGCAUCUUUUAUAUAGCCUCCUUCAAGUAUUCAAGGACUGAUUGGGACUCCAGCCGGUGCGUGUCGGGCUGGUGUCUUCCUAGGCCGCCAGAGCGCUUUUUACUUGGUGGUGAUUUUUGGGUGCCCCCCCACCCCACUUAAGUUUUCUUUCCUGGAGCUUCCCGCAGGUGGGCAGCUCCGCAGCCUGUUGAACUCUUCUGAGCUAGAGAAAGGGAGACAGACUAAGAGAAUUAGUUGGGAGAUUCAGUCAAGCUCCAGGAUGGAGGUACAAUUAGGACUGGGGAGGGUCUACCCCAGGCCACCAUCCAAAACCUAUCGAGGAGCUUUCCAGAAUCUAUUCCAGAGCGUGCGUGAAGUGAUCCAGAACCCGGGCCCACGGCAACCUGAGGCGGCAGGCGCAGCACCUCCAGGUCCCCGUUUACAGCCGCAGGAGACUAGCCCCCGGCGGCAGCAACAGCAUGGUGAGGAUGGCUCGCCCCAAUCCCACAUCAGAGGCCCCACAAGCUACCUGGCCCUGGAUGAGGAGCAGCAGCCUUCCCAACAGCACUCAGCCCCUGAGGGCCACCCCGAAAGCGGCUGCCUGUCAGAGCCUGGAGCCGCCGCAGCUACCAGCAAAGGGCUGCCACAGCAGCCGCCAGAACCUCAGGAUGAGAAUGACUCAGCUGCCCCAUCCACGAUGUCCUUGCUGGGCCCCACUUUCCCGGGCUUAAGCAGCUGCUCCGCAGACCUUAAAGACAUCCUGAGCGAAGCUGGCACCAUGCAACUCCUGCAACAGCAGCAGCAGCAGCACCAGGAGGGGGUGUCCGAAGGCAACAGCAGCGGGAGAAGCAGGGAGGCCGCUGGGGCUUCCUCUUCCGCCAAGGACAGUUACCUAGGGGGCAACUCGACCAUAUCUGACAGCGCCAAGGAGUUGUGUAAGGCAGUGUCUGUGUCCAUGGGAUUGGGUGUGGAGGCACUGGAGCAUCUGAGUCCUGGGGAGCAGCUUCGGGGAGAUUGCAUGUAUGCGCCACUCCUGGGAGGUCCACCCGCUGUGCGUCCCACUCCGUGUGCCCCGCUGGGCGAAUGCAAAGGUCCUCUGCUGGACGAUGGCCCAAGCAAGGGCACUGAAGAGACUGCUGAGUAUUCCUCUUUCAAGGGAGGUUAUGCCAAAGGGCUAGACGGCGAGAGCCUGGGUUGCUCUGGCAGCAGCGAAGCCGGGAGCUCUGGGACACUUGAGCUCCCCUCCCCGCUGUCUCUCUACAAGUCUGUAGCCCUGGAAGAGGGAGCACCAUAUCCCAAUCGCGACUACUACAACUUUCCUCUGGCCUUGCCCGGGGCCCCGCCACCUCCCCAUCCGCACGCCCGCAUCAAGCUGGAGAACCCACUAGACUACAGCAGUGCCUGGGCGGCCGCGGCAGCGCAAUGCCGCUAUGGGGACCUGGCCAAUCUGCACGGUGCGGGGACCGGCGGACCCAGCUCCGGAUCGCCUUCCACCUCCACCUCCUCUUCCUGGCAUACUCUCUUUGCCACCGAAGAAGGACAAAUAUAUGGGCCCUGUGGCGGAAGCGGAGGCGGCAGUGCAGGAGAGGCAGGGGCUAUCGCCCCUUAUGGCUACCCUCGCCCACCCCAAGGGCUGGCGAACCAAGACGGGGACUACCCUGGCCCUGAUAUGUGGUAUCCCAGUGGCGUGGUGAGCAGGAUGCCCUAUCCGAGUCCCAGUUGUGUGAAAAGCGAGAUGGGACCUUGGAUGGAGAGCUAUUCAGGACAUUACGGGGACAUGCGUUUGGAGAGUUCCAGGGACCAUGUUUUGCCCAUAGAUUAUUACUUUCCACCCCAGAAGACCUGCCUGAUCUGUGGAGAUGAAGCUUCUGGCUGUCACUAUGGAGCUCUCACUUGUGGCAGCUGCAAGGUCUUCUUUAAAAGAGCUGCUGAAGGGAAACAGAAGUACCUGUGUGCCAGCAGAAAUGAUUGUACCAUUGAUAAAUUUCGAAGGAAAAAUUGUCCAUCUUGUCGUCUCCGGAAAUGCUAUGAAGCAGGAAUGACUUUGGGAGCCCGUAAACUGAAGAAACUUGGCAAUCUAAAACUACAGGAAGAAGGAGAGAGCCCCAGCGCCAGCAGCCCCACAGAAGAGCCAUCCCCGAAGAUGACAGUGUCACACAUUGAAGGCUAUGAGUGUCAGCCCAUCUUUCUGAAUGUCCUGGAAGCCAUUGAGCCAGGCGUAGUGUGUGCUGGACAUGACAAUAAUCAGCCUGACUCCUUUGCAGCCUUGCUCUCUAGCCUGAAUGAGCUGGGAGAAAGACAACUUGUACAUGUAGUCAAGUGGGCCAAGGCCUUGCCUGGCUUCCGAAACUUGCACGUGGAUGACCAGAUGGCAGUCAUUCAGUACUCUUGGAUGGGUCUCAUGGUAUUUGCCAUGGGCUGGCGGUCCUUCACUAAUGUUAACUCCAGGAUGCUCUACUUCGCUCCUGACCUGGUUUUCAAUGAGUACCGCAUGCACAAAUCCCGGAUGUACAGCCAGUGUGUCAGAAUGAGACACCUCUCGCAAGAGUUUGGAUGGCUCCAAAUCACCCCCCAGGAAUUCCUGUGCAUGAAAGCACUGCUACUCUUCAGCAUUAUUCCAGUGGAUGGGCUGAAAAAUCAAAAAUUCUUUGAUGAACUUCGAAUGAACUACAUCAAGGAACUCGAUCGUAUCAUUGCAUGCAAAAGAAAAAAUCCCACAUCCUGCUCAAGGCGCUUCUACCAGCUCACCAAGCUCCUGGAUUCUGUGCAGCCUAUUGCAAGAGAGCUGCAUCAGUUCACUUUCGACCUACUAAUCAAGUCCCAUAUGGUGAGCGUGGACUUUCCGGAAAUGAUGGCAGAGAUCAUCUCUGUGCAAGUGCCCAAGAUCCUUUCUGGAAAAGUCAAGCCCAUCUAUUUCCACACACAGUGAAUCUUCAGUAGCCCUUAUUUCCCUUGCCUACCCCACUACCCUUUUAAGAUGUCUUCUGCCCAUUCUAACUCUGCACUACUUCUCUGCAGUGCCUUGGGGAAUUUCCUCUAUUGAUGUACAGUCUUGUCAUGAAUGUUUCUAUUUUGCCUGGCUUUCUCUUUUCCUCCUCUCUUUUUCUUCCUCUCUCCCCAUCUCACCCUCCCAUGGCACCCUCAGACUCUGUUGUGGCUUCUAUAUGUGUUUUGAAUGCUAUUGUAUUUCUUUGGAAUCUGUGAUGAUCUCCAUGUGGCCCAGUGUCAAGUUGUGCUUCUUUAGAGCACUGCGCUGCGUGCCAGCCACACAAACAUUUACUUACAUUAAGCCACGGGAAGUUUAGAGAGCUACAAAUAUCUGGGGGAAAAUAUCAAACAUACACACCUACAUACACACAUAAACACGCACACACACACACACACACACACACAUAUGUAUACAUACACAAAUGAAAAAAUGCCAAAAACCAUGCUAGGUUAGUUUAUUCAGAAACAAACAAACAGAACUCCCCAAAGAAGUCAGCAUAAUUGCUGAAGUCACUGUUUUUGUCAUUCCCUCCAUCUCUGCAAGACUUUGAUUUUUGCCAGUGGCUAGUGCCAUUGGAGGGCAGAAUGACCCCAGAGCUCAUUUGGGAGGUGGGAUAGAGAGAAGAGAGGACAAGGAGAGCAGAUAGGUCAUCAGUACCUGCCCACACCUUUCAGUCCUCAGGGUGAGACUGCUCAACUGCAGUGCAAUUUAUUGUACUGACAAUGUGCUUGUUUGACAACUUGUGUGCAUGUGAACACCUCCCCCUUCAAACCUUUCUCUCUCAGCCUCUGUGUCUGCUCUUAAAUUGACUUUCAGUAGUGUUUCGAAGAGUUUUGAACUAAAUAUUCUCUUUAGCCAAAACUUGGCCACUUUCACUGAAGAAUCAUAUCAGUGAGAAAAAAAGGAGACCUCUGACUCUUUGGAAGGUUCCACUCAUAUGUAGGUGGUGAACCAGCAAGAAGCUUGUAGCUGGAGUCAGAGAAAAAGGAAGUGAUAGAUUGGCUGUUCUCUUGCUGUGAGCACUGAAUAGUUGAUCUGUCACUGCCAUCACUUUUUCCUCCUCCUUGGAAAAACCAACAGACUUCAUGCAGCAGCAAACUCUUGAACCCUCCCUUCAGUGUUUGGUGGGCCUGGACUUCACCAUUGUGCAUUUCAGCGAUGGUGGCAAAGUUCACUUCUUUGGGCAUGUUUGUAGAUCUACAAACAUCUCUCAUGCCCCACUAUCAUGAGGGCUAGCAGGCCUGCAGCCCUGACAUCUAUCUCUAGAUGUCUGUA